AUGAAUAUUUCUAACCAUUCCGACGAAUUAAUAUCAAAUCUUACGACUGAUUCAUCCAAUCUGCUUCUUCAUCUGUCGAUCUGGUCAUUGCGUAUUGUUUGUCCACUGUUUGCUGUUAUCUGUCCGAUCUUCAACUGGGCGUGUAUACGAACCUUUCAAUCGCGAAUCUACGCUCGUUCAUCGUCCAAAUGGUAUUUCAUAUUCAUAGCCAUCUUCGAUACUAUCUACGUGGUCGUCACCGCACCAUUGUUGUUCUUAAUUACGAUCGAGAUCUACAUUCUCAAUUGGAAUAUCUUCUUUUGUAAAUCAAUCGUAUUUUUCAAUUACCUGUCUUGUCAAAUUUCAGCUGGACUUCUAGCAUGUUUAUCGAUCGAUCGUCUUUUCGCGACGUCGUGUAUCUCAUUGUAUCGUCGUAAUUGCACGACGAAUUUUUCUCGUAUGAUCUGCUUUAGCGUCAUAGCUGUGUUUUCAAUUGUUAAUUCACAUUAUUUAAUUGGUUACACUAUUGACUCCAAUCGUUUCUGUAGCAUCCGACGUUACAAAUGGUACGAAGCGAAUUACUCGCGUUUGAACGUCGUAUACCUCUUAUCGUAUUCCAUUAUUCCAUUCACGAUCAUCACAAUAUGUAAUAUAUUCAUUGUCAUUAGUGUCGGACAGAACAAAGCGAACAUGAAGAAGAAAUAUGCCGUGAAAAAAUCGAUUCCAUCUACUGGCAUUCAACAAGAACAAGCGACUACACCGAGUGAUUCCAAUCCUGCCUGUGAUAAACCACCGACAUCACUAAAAAUUCGCACGUAUUCAAUGGAGAACAAUUCCGAACAUAGACGUGAUACGUUCGUCUCGGUGAAUGAAGACAAAGGGGUCACUACAUCGUUGGUCUUGACAAAUGAUGGGUCGAAUUAUCGAAUAAAUGUUCCCAUGACCUUGAAUGAUCAAUUGGCAAAUUCAUCAGAGUUUCCAUCGAAUGUCUCCGAUCAAAAACGACGAUCUGUAUCAUCCUGUUACGAUCGUUCAUCUUCGACAACAAUCGUUCCCCCGUUGUCAUCCCAAUCAACACACACACAAAAGAUCUGUGUACAACUGCAGAUCACGAUCAGCUUAUUAGCAAUCUCGAUUUGUUUCAUCCUAUGCACAUUACCAAAUUUUCUGGCAAGCGAUGAAUUUCUUCUCGAUCAUUCCGUUGUUAAUCACACAUUCGGUGAAUUUAAUUUUUUAUUAUGUCUCAUCGAAGAUGUUUAG